GCCGCGUUGCUCAGAAAUUUCUGCAUCUCUACAUAGAUCCCGGUCAUGUCGUCCAUUGAGCUCAUCAACCCUAAAGCAGAAAGCGUUAGACGAGCUGCUGCUCUUCAGGUCAAUACUAAUGGAGCGAUGGGCCUUGCCAAUGUCGUCAAAGGCAAUCUUGGCCCUCGUGGAACUAUGAAGAUGCUUGUAGAUGGGGCUGGCCAGAUCAAAAUGACAAAAGACGGAAAAGUACUUCUGUCAGAGAUGCAAAUACAAAAUCCUACCGCUGCCAUGAUCGCUCGUACUGCUGUCGCACAGGACGAUCAAGUUGGUGAUGGUACGACGAGCGUUGUCCUUCUCGUUGGAGAACUUUUGAAACAGGCGGAUCGAUACAUCAGUGAAGGAGUUCAUCCGACCGUCAUCGCUGAAGGAUUUGACUUGGCAAAGAAGGAGGCAUUGGCGUUCUUGGAUACCUUCAAACAACCUUCGAAAUUAGACCGCGCCACCUUGAUUAACGUUGCGCAUACUUCGCUAUCAACGAAGCUCAACGCUGGAAUGGCCAAACAACUAGCUGCUGAUGUAGUAGAUUCUGUCCUUUCCAUCCAACCACCUCCACCGCCUAAAGAGUCCAAGGAUCAAUGGAGAGAUCCAAUCGAUCUUCAUAUGGUCGAAAUCAUGAAAAUGCAACAUCGGACAGCUUCCGAAACACAGUUGGUUCGCGGGUUGGUCUUGGACCAUGGCGCGCGACAUCCUGAUAUGCCUAAGCGUCUCGAAAAUGCCUUCAUCCUCACUCUAAACGUUAGUUUAGAGUACGAAAAAACAGAAGUUAAUUCCAGUUUCUUCUACUCGACAGCAGAACAGAGAGAGAAACUCGUUGAGUCCGAGAGAGCCUUUACUGACGCCAAAGUUCGGAAAAUCAUCGAACUCAAGAAUCUGGUGUGCGACCAGGCGGUAAACAGUAAAGAAAAGAAGAAGAACUUUGUGAUCAUCAACCAGAAAGGUAUCGAUCCGAUGAGUCUCGAUAUGUUGGCGAAGAGUGGAAUACUGGCGUUACGGAGAGCGAAACGACGAAACAUGGAACGUCUUCAACUCGUGUGCGGUGGAAGUGCUCAGAACUCUGUUGACGACUUAACUCCAGACGUCCUAGGAUGGGCCGGUCUUGUCUAUGAACACACCCUCGGCGAAGAAAAGUUUACUUUCGUUGAGGAGGUCAAAAAUCCAAAAUCAGUCACUCUUCUCAUCAAGGGACCCAACGCACAUACCAUCCAACAGAUCCAAGACGCAUUGCGUGACGGACUGAGAGCGGUCAAAAAUGCCCUGGAGGACGAGGCUUUGAUUCCUGGGGCUGGUGCGUUCGAAGUGUCAUGCUCGGCACAUCUAAGUGGACCUGUGAAAAAGUCUGCGAAGGGUAGAGUCAAGAUGGGUGUACAAGCGUUUGCAGACGCGUUACUUAUUAUACCAAAAACGCUUGCAGCAAAUGGUGGGUUUGAUGUGUUGGAUGUGAUCGUUGCUCUACAGGAUGAAUGCGCAGAGGGCAACAUCGUCGGUGUUGAUUUACAGGCUGGAGAACCGUUCGAUCCCACAGUAGAAGGGAUCUGGGACAAUUACCGUGUUAAAAGGCAAAUGCUUCAUUCCUGUUCUGUCAUUGCAGUCAACCUUCUAUCCACAGAUGAGAUUCUGCGAGCUGGUCGAAGUUCAUUAAAACCAGAUGGUCAAUAAAUUUAUAGUAUUCUGUAUCUCAAAGCUUUUCCUCGAGGACCGAGGGUUUAUGAUAAUUUCUCAGUACUCGAGGAAAUCUGCAGUUGUAAGACUCCGAGGGGGCUCGGGGUUGCUGCGGAUGUUACAAGAAUUUUCGAAACUUCUGUGUAGAGUGGGAAAGACUGCAACAACAGCACGCUAAUAACAACCGGCUCCCGCUAGUCUUCGUUGGCUGCGGGGUAUAAUAUUCGAGAUUGAGUCUGGUUGUGUUGACGACGAUUCAAGCAGGA